AGUAGGGCUCUCGAUGAUCCUCGAUAUUUUGUUGGAAUUUUGCUUUUAAGAAAACUCUUAAGAGGUUUGCAAGCAUGUCGCGUCGAUCCGCGUCACCUCGUUCCCGAAGUGGAACUAUGGUUCCAUGAGAAGCACUGCGACGAUGCCUAUUUUCGUAGGAUAAACGACGAGUUAUGUAAAGUCAUGGGUACAAAUGCAGCAUUAAAACCUCAAAACUCGUCCAAAAAAUGUCUCGCUCCGUCUGAAACAUCAAGCGACAGUGGGUCGAGCGACAGCGACAGUGAUAUCUCGUCCAGCAGUUACUCCUUGACUUCAUCGAGCACAUCUUUGUCGGAUAUAUCACUGGCGAUGUAUUAUCGUCUCAACAACACUCUCGAUGUCUGA